AUGGAAUGGCUUCUUACAAACGGUGGCAGAGCGGAGAACAUUCAGGACUACGAAUGCGGGGCUGAGGAUAGGAUACCCGGAGAGAAAAGCUAUAUAUUGGGCACUAUAUUCGUUGCAUACGGAAUUAUUGCAGAGAUCAUCUAUGUGUUGGAUUUUACUGUGAUGUUGAGAAAACAACACCGACGACUAUCAUGUUACAAAAUCAUGAUAGCAUUAGGAUUAUGGUGUGGCGCAUGUAUGUUCGGCUUUGUUUUGGGCAUAAAUCGUCUUCUGGAUUUAUGGAAUAAACCACUGUUGGACAUGCUAUUCAUGAAUAACAGAACUUACGCGGUGCUGCUGCUUCCUGUACUAUACAGCUUCUAUUUUGCCUUCUUCACACCUCCUCUCCUAUUCAAUUCCAAUGAGUCUGCGUGGUUCUUCUUUACAUUUGCCCGAAACAAAACAGAUGUCGCUGAAAAUUUUCUAAACUAUCCUCAUACUGCAAACAACUUGUUUAUUGUUGUGCUUACGUGUCUACUAUACGUACAGUACUCUCGAGUUCUUCUACGCUACUCCAGAAUAGGAAGCGGUUUGACAUGGACACAGAAAUCGUUUUCCCUCCAAUGUUCCCUGAUUUGUGUGGCAAACCUCACUGCAGCCCUAAUCUAUGUCUACAUGCAGUUCUUUUAUACGCCUCCAAGCUUCGUUCUUGUUGGUCACGUGUGCUGGCAACUUGGACACGGAUUUCCUGCCAUUGUCUACCUCGUUUUGAACCACACUAUACAAUCUGAAGUCCUCAUUCUGCUACGAAUUCGCAGACCAAACGCGGUGGAAACUCUUACAAAGUCAACGGGCUCAACAAAUAACCCGUCCGAUAGGUGA